AUGUCGCACCUCCAGUAUUUCACCUACAAGGGUUUCGGCGAAAGAGUGCAGAAAGACACGCACUACAGUCAGGCAGUCCGGAUCGGAAACAUUGUAAAGAUUUCCGGCCAAUGUGGUUGGGAUCGUUUGACCGAGGAAAUACCAAGUGACAUUGGCCAACAGGUCGAUCGAGUCUUUGACAAUGUCGAGCAUACCCUGCGGCAAGCCGGUGGAAGUGGGUGGGAGCAGGUAUAUCAAAUUCGUCUCUACGCAGCGCCGUUCGACAUGGAAGUAACCGAGCACUUCAUUCGCAACCUCCGCAAGUACUUACCUAACCAUCAGCCACUGUUGACUGGGGUUGGCGUCGCCGCUCUGUACGGCGGGGCGAGGCUCGAGGUGGAGGUUGAGGCGCAUCUUGGUGAAUGA